AUGGUUAGCGUCAUCUCACAACAGCGGAUGGUUCCUGUUGUUCCGCCAUUCAAGCAGGUGCUUUGUUCUUCGCCCACGAAAAAAAACACCAAGGAAUAUUGGGCCAAAAUCGCAUGUAUAGAAACCACUCUUGACGCAGACUCAUCCGUUCAAACCGAAAUAGAACUAAUGCUCCACGAGGGAAUCCCCUUUUUAGUUGGAAGGCAAUCUCCAGAAUGCCCUUUUAACAGCGCACUUUUGAGCCGAAGACAUGCAGAGCUUUUGAUCCUAGAUGAUACAGUAGUUUUAGCAUCCAAUAUUCAAUUUGGCGAGAUUGCGUCAAAAGAAGGUUCGUCCUAUGGGGUCUUUAUGAUAGGUGCUCUUCUCUCUUUCUUUGUUCUCCGAGUCCGCCGUGAUCGGGAGGAUUUCACAUUAUCAGUGUGCUCAGAAAACACUUUAGAGCUGACAAAUACCAAUGGGCACAUCAACGGACACAUCAAUGGACACAUCAAUGGACACAUCAAUGGAAAUACCAAUGGGCACAUCAAUGGAAAUACCAAUGGGCACAUCCUCCCUUCCAAUCCGUCUUUAGCAGUAAACAGUCUAGAAGAUGGUCGACUCCCCUCAAACAUUAGCAUCCAAAAGUUCACAUCAAGCCGUCAUAGGCACCUUUUGUUCGCCGGUGAGAAGGAUAAAUGCGAUUGGCCUGCUGAGAAUGGACAUGCAGGUCCAUUACUUUAUGUUCCUUACUGGCGGCAUUAA